GCGUCCGCGGGGGCUCCCUGCUUCCCUCUGGUGGCGGAAGCUCAAAGCGCGGGCCUUAGCACAGGAAACCCCAAAACCGAACACAAAGCCCCGAAAGGCAACGCGGGCCUGUGGACCUGAGGGGCUGGCGCCUGUUGUUAUCACCGGAUUGUAUUUUCUGGGAAACUGAAGCCCAAGAAAAGUGAGUGCGCACUGGUGUUGAGAGAAUGGGGAUCCCAAGGGUCAGUCACCGGCACACCAAGACCCCUGCAGCCGCUGAAGUCGCAGCUGGGAAGCACCGAAUCCUCGCGUGGCGGUUGUUUGGACUUAGUUUUCCUUCCAGGGCAUGUAGGGCUGUAGCGGAGCCGCGGGCUCCAAGGCAGAGGUCGCUGCAUCUGGGAGGAGCAGGGCGUGCCGGGGGGCGGGACGUGACGCACCUUGGCUGGGAGGCGCCAGCCCGGGCGCUUCGGCACGCUGCUUAUAAGGGCGGUGUGGUGCGCGGAAAGCUAGUGCCUGCUGUCCCCAAGAGCCCAGCUAAGCUCCAGCGGUCCCGAAGCCAAGCCCUUUCGCCACUUCCGAGCCUCUACCUUCUCUCGGCUCCGCAUCUGCCCCCGGGGCCCCGUUGCCCAAUGAAACUGGCCGCGAUGAUCAAGAAGAUGUGCCCGAGCGACUCUGAGCUGAAUAUCCCUGCCAAGAACUGCUACCGGAUGGUCAUCCUCGGCUCAUCCAAAGUGGGCAAGACUGCCAUCGUGUCGCGCUUCCUCACGGGCCGCUUCGAGGACGCCUACACUCCUACCAUCGAGGACUUCCACCGAAAGUUUUAUUCGAUCCGCGGCGAGGUCUAUCAGUUGGACAUACUGGACACGUCCGGCAAUCAUCCGUUCCCUGCCAUGCGGCGCCUCUCCAUCCUCACAGGAGACGUUUUCAUUCUGGUGUUCAGCUUGGACAACCGCGACUCAUUCGAGGAGGUGCAAAGGCUCAAACAGCAGAUUCUAGACACCAAGUCCUGCCUCAAGAACAAAACCAAAGAGAAUGUGGACGUGCCUCUGGUCAUUUGCGGUAACAAAGGGGACCGGGACUUCUACCGAGAAGUGGAGCAGCGCGAGAUCGAGCAGCUGGUAGGCGACGACCCUCAGCGCUGUGCCUACUUCGAGAUCUCGGCCAAGAAGAACAGCAGCCUGGACCAAAUGUUCCGUGCGCUCUUUGCCAUGGCCAAGCUGCCCAGCGAGAUGAGCCCCGACUUGCACCGCAAAGUGUCUGUGCAGUACUGUGACGUGCUGCACAAAAAGGCUUUGAGGAACAAGAAGCUUCUGCGAGCAGGCAGCGGCGGCGGCGGCGACCCCGGCGAUGCCUUUGGAAUCUUGGCGCCCUUUGCGCGCAGACCCAGCGUGCACAGCGACCUCAUGUACAUUCGUGAAAAGACCAGUGUCGGCAACCAGGCCAAAGACAAGGAGCGCUGUGUCAUCAGUUAGGAGUCCCCAGCGUCGGCCACACAACCUGAGGACCUUUUUUGUUUAAAAGUCAAAUCGGAUUCCUGGGCUAGCCCGCGUGCUCCGUGCCACGAGGGCGCCAAUUGGCCUCCUUCCUCGCUUCGUGCGACCCAGCCCUGAGCACCGGGAGACUAUAAAGGGACAGUCAUCUGUUGUGAAAGGAAAGAGAACUGGCUAAGAUGGACGCUCUUGACAGUGACACCCCCGCUGGUGCCUGCCCUCACUUUUGGGAUGCCAAGACCCAGCUGAGGGGUACUUGUCAUUUUUUCUCAGAGACCUAAGAACGAGUGUGUGUGUUCAACCGCCGGUGAGACUUCAAGUAACUAAUUGUCCUGCCUGCUGGAGGGCCAGGACCAACAAGGCAUUAUCUUGUCUGUGACUGGUGUUGCCAUGACAGCUGCCAGCCACUUCAGUCUUCUGCAAACUGGAAACUUUGGCGAGAGGUGGGGGGUUCAAUCAUAGGCAAGAGACUUGUUUACAUGUGUGUGUGAAAUUGCUCAAAAGAAAAAAAAAACCCACAAAACUUGCACUUUAAUUUAGUUUCAGUGUCAACAUGACAUGAACAAAAUCUCUCUAUUGUGUGAGGUCUUUAUUAUUUUUUUAUUUAAAAUAAAAUAAUUUAAAAAUAGAAAA